CGCUUGCAGAACAUGACCGCAGCGGUCAGCGACCUAUCCAACAUGCUGAGGAGAUGUCUCGUUACACUGAAGCCGUUCAGGAUCUUCGUGUUGGGCCUGGGCUUCUUCAGCCUGUGCUUCCUGAUGACCUCCCGGGGCCCCCCAUUCACCGCCCGGUCGGAAGUGCUGUCAGGCGGGGGGGAGUCGCGGGGGGUGCUGAGGAAGAUCAGUGAGAUGCUGGAGGUGAUCCUGAGGCGGAUGGACGCGCUCUCCCGACUCAGCAACUCCUCCAGCGGCGACGCCCACCGCCUGGAGGAGCUCAGCUCGGCUCUGGACAGGCUCCAGCCAGCAGGCCUACUGGAGAGGAUCGAGUCCAUCGCUCAGAACAUGUCCGACCUGGCGCUCCGGGUGGAGCAGAUCCUCCAGCGCAGCGUCAGAGACAAAGCGAAGGAGGGGACGUUAGGACAGUGUGAGAUCCCAAAGGAACCCCGCUACCCUGACUGCCAGAGCAAGGUGGACUGGAUGCGGGCCCGCUGGACCUCCGACCCGUGCUACGCCUUCUACGGCGUGGACGGCUCCGACUGCUCCUUCCUGGUGUACCUCAGCGAGGUGGAAUGGUUCUGCCCCCCGAUGGCCUGGAGGAACGACAGCAGCGCGCCCACGCACAAGCCCAGACCCAGGACACAGGCGGCGUUCCGCUCGGACAUGGGCCCCCUGUUGGAGCAGGUGGGGGGGGGCAAGGAGUCGCUGAGCUUCAUGAAGCGACGCAUCCGCCGGCUGGCCCCCCAGUGGGCGUCGGCCGCCCGUCGCCUUGACGACCGCCUCCGCCACCUCGUGAGGGAGCAGAAAAGGGUGCUGGUCCACGUGGGAUUCCUGACGGAGGAGUCUGGGGACGUGUUCAGCCCCAAGGUGCUGAAGGGCGGUCCGCUGGGGGAGAUGGUGCAGUGGGCCGAUAUCUUCUCCGCCCUCUACGUCCUGGGCCACGACCUCAAGAUCUCCGUCUCCCUCAAAGAGUUGCAGGGGUUCCUGGGCGUGCCCCCGGGUCGAGGGAGCUGUCCUCUGACCGGCCCGCUGCCCUUUGACCUUAUCUACACCGACUACCACGGCCUGCAGCACAUGAAGCAGCACAUGGGCCUGUCCCUCCGCAGACACAAGUGCCACAUCCGGGUGAUUGACACGUUUGGCACGGAGCCGCCCUACAACCACGAGGAGUACGCCACGCUCAACGGGUACCGCACCAACUGGGGCUACUGGAACCUCAACUGCAAGCAGUUCAUGACCAUGUUCCCACACACCCCUGAUAACUCGUUCAUGGGCUUCGUGGCGGAGGAGCUGAACGAGACGGAGAGGCGGGUCAUCCAGAGGAACAAGGCGGACAGGAUGGCCCUGGUGUACGGGAAGGAGGCCAGCAUGUGGAAGUGUAAGUACCGCUAG